GAGUACAGAUCAUUCGUGCUAAAUACGAGUAUAUAUCUAUGUUUUCUUGUUUUCCGUGCGAAUAACCGUUUGAGAUCGUGCUGAUAAAAAUGAGCGAGAACGAGGAGCGAGGCGACCUGGAUGACCAGGAGCAGGCUGGCGGCAAGAAAAUGGAGAUCCUGCUGGAGCUGAAUCUCAAGCAGAAGCUGGCCACCCGAAUGGGAACUGUUCUGUUGGCCACUCUGAUCUUUGCCGGCUUUUGCUGGGACAACGCGGUGGCCAGUCUUACUCUCGGAGCAGUUGUGGCCCUCCUGCUGAGGAAUCCCACCUUCGUCUUUGGUUUGGUUAUGACUGCCGCAAGAGAUACAAAGGCCUUACAGCGAUUCAUAGCCCUCAAUCUCUACCUGCUGAGUAAGGAUCGCGGGGGAUUCACCGUGGCCCGAUGUUUUCAGGAGCAGGCCAGAUCUCGUCCCAAGAAAACAUGUUUUGUGAUGGACGAUCGCCGGCUAAGCUUUGCUGAGGCUUUGGAGUUCAGCCAAAAGAUCGCCGGCUACUUUAAGGAUCUUGGUCUGCAGAAAGGAGAUUGUGUGGCCCUGCUGAUGGAAACCCGUCUGGAGUAUCCCUGCAUCUGGCUGGGCCUCUCUCAACUAGGAGUGAUCACUGCCCUAAUAAACUCUAAUCUGCGAGGAGAGUCGCUCCUCCACUGCAUAAAGGUGGCCAAUGCCAAGGCCAUAAUUGUGGGCAGUGAACUUCUAGAAGAGCUGAAAUCACUUAAGGAGAAGGAGCAACUGAAGGAUGUGCCCAUCUAUCAAUACACAGAUGACAAGAUGCGGGAAGUUCCAGGCCACGGUCUUCUGCCAGGGGCUGUAGAUUUGGACAGUGCUCUGAAGACCCAGGAAAGACUGCAGUUACCUUCUAAGGCGUGCGCCGAAGAAUCACGCUCAAAGCUGCUCUACGUUUACACAUCCGGAACUACUGGGCUACCAAAGGCUGCUGUAAUCACCAACCUACGAUACCUGUUCAUGUCCGCUGGAUCCUACUACAUGCUCAAGAUGUCUAGCGAGGAUGUCGUCUAUAAUCCCCUACCACUAUAUCACACCGCUGGCGGGAUCGUGGGAGUGGGCAAUGCCAUACUCAAUGGAUCCACUGUGGUCUUGCGCAAGAAGUUCUCGGCCAGGAACUUCUGGUUGGAUUGCGAUCGCCACAACUGCACUGUGGCCCAAUAUAUUGGGGAGCUGUGCCGCUACCUCCUGGCCACGCCCUACGCGCCCGAUCAGCAGAAACACAACCUCCGUUUGAUGUACGGCAAUGGGUUGAGACCGCAGAUCUGGUCGCAGUUCGUUCGCCGGUUUGGCAUUCCGCAUAUAGGAGAGAUCUACGGCGCCACCGAGGGGAACUCCAAUCUGAUUAACAUCACAAAUCGAGUGGGAGCCAUUGGAUUCGUGCCAGUCUAUGGAUCCAGGAUCUAUCCUGUGCAAGUCCUUCGUUGCAAUGAGCAAACGGGUGAACUGCUCAAGGACUCGCAGGGUCACUGCAUCAGGUGUCAGCCCGGACAGCCGGGACUCCUCGUGGGCAAGGUCGAUGCCCGGCGAGCGGUGAGUGCCUUUCACGGAUACGCCGACAAGGGAGCCUCGGAGCAGAAACUCCUCCGGAAUGUCUUCACAACUGGCGACGUUUUCUUUAACUCGGGGGACAUGGUGGUGCGCGACAUUCUCGGUUACUUCUACUUUAAGGAUCGCACUGGCGACACCUUCCGCUGGCGAGGCGAAAACGUGGCCACCCAGGAGGUGGAAGCCAUCAUCACAAACUGCGUUGGACUGGAGGAUUGCGUGGUUUACGGCGUGCAGAUCCCCCAUGUGGAGGGCAAGGCGGGAAUGGCGGCGAUUGUGGAUCCCGAUCGCAAGGUAGACAUGGAUUACCUAUCCAUAGUUCUGAGGGGCAGUCUGCCGGCCUAUGCCCGGCCCCUGUUCAUCCGUCUUCUGGACGAGAUUCCGCGCACUGCCACCUUCAAGCUGAAGAAACGAGAGUUGGCCCAAGAGGGUUACGACAUCAGCACGCUGAAGGAUCCCAUUUACUACCUGAAUCGGGACGGGAUCUACAGACCUCUCAGCCAGGAGCAGUACGAGUCCUUGCGCUCGGGAAAGGCGGGACUCUGAUGAUGCAUGCCCCGUAAUAUUACGCCAGCCACUCCUCCGUGUAUAUAGCUAAACGUUUGUCUGUCCCAAUGUAUUUUUAACGCUUAAACAACGACUGAUACCAAAAUACCAAAGUGCCAGUGAUGAAGUUGCCCGCUGCUCGCCCGAAAAGCCGGGCGCGUUUCUUGGCCAUAAAAUGGCAGCUUAACCGAUAAUGGGAGCCAAUACGUUUUACGGCCAGAAGAUGCUGCUACCGCCACAAGAUAUAUCGAAAGUGUUAAAUCCCCAAGAUUAAGUUCUCGCUCAUUGGCAGCUGCUGCUGUUGCUGCAGUCGCUGUAGCUGUUGCUGUUGCUGCUACUUUUGCAGUUGCUGCUGUUGCAACAUUAACGCCAUUUCCGCUCGCUAGCGGCAGCUGCGACUUCGUUGGCCGUCGCCUAAGAUAAACGAUGUGCAAAAUCCAUACAAAACAAAGGCAAGAACAACAAGGCAAGGUCUUGCAACCGCAACAGCGCAACAUCGCUGCUCGCAACAUCGCAGUAUCGCAGCAUCGUCGACGGCCACCAAUAUCGAUGUCGAUGGCGAAAAAGUUGUGGCAGGCAAUCAUAAAAAACGAAGAAAUGGCAAACAAAGCUGGGCGCCAUUUGGCAGGACGGGGAAAUGGCGGUGGUGUUGCUCUCGGGACGCCAAAGGUUCUUCGAUGGCUAAAAGUUGGCGCAGGUAAAAGGAAGAGUGCUUUUUCGAUACCCCAAGAUCUUAAUUGGAAUUCGAUUCUUGUUUUUCUGGAGGAUUCCAUGGCGUUUAACAAGUAAAGGCUGUUUCUCCUUAAGAUAUCUUAUGGAUUAAGAAGUAUCUUCAUCGAUAUUCGAAUAUAUUCUUGAAUG